AUGAAGAGCACCAUGGGGGAAGGAACCUUGCCCCUGGAAAACAUGCCCAAGAAGGGCUCAAAGACUCUCAAACCACCACAAAGGGGUCACAUCUCCACCUUCAAAAAUCCCGGGCAAGCUCCGGGGCAACAUCAGGCUGUGUAUGCAGCUGCGAGCACAGGAGCCUCGCUGGCGGGCGUUGCUGUGGGAGCAGGCGGCUGGAGCUCUGCACGGGAGCGCUGCACGGGAGCGCUGCACGGGAGAGCUGCACGGGAGAGCUGCACGGGAGAGCUGCACGGGAUCGCUGCACGGGAGAGCUGCACGGGAGCGCUGCACGGGAGCGCUGCACGGGAGCGCUGCACGGGAGCGCUGCACGUGAGAGCUGCACGGGAUCGCUGCACGGGAGCUCUGCACGGGAGAGCUGCACGGGAGCGCUGCACGGGAGCGCUGCACGGGAGAGCUGCACGGGAGAGCUGCACGGGAGCGCUGCACGGGAUCGCUGCACGGGAGCGCUGCACGGGAGCGCUGCACGGGAGCGCUGCACGGGAGAGCUGCACGGGAUCGCUGCACGGGAGCGCUGCACGGGAGCGCUGCACGGGAGCGCUGCACGGGAGAGCUGCACGGGAGCGCUGCACGGGAGCGCUGCACGGGAGAGCUGCACGGGAGCGCUGCAGGGAGAGCUGCACGGGAGCGCUGCAGGGAGAGCUGCACGGGAGCGCUGCACGGGAGAGCUGCACGGGAGCGCUGCAGGGAGAGCUGCACGGGAGCGCUGCACGGGAUCGCUGCACGGGAGAGCUGCACGGGAGAGCUGCACGGGAGAGCUGCACGGGAGAGCUGCACGGGAUCGCUGCAGGGAGAGCUGCACGGGAGCGCUGCACGGGAGAGCUGCACGGGAGUGCUGUACGGGAGCGCUGGAUGAAGGCAGAAGGCUUCCUGCAGUCGCUGGUGAUCCUCAGCCUGUUCCAGGCAUCUGUAUCCUCUUCCUAUGAUGUGCCUCUGGAGCUGUCGGACACGUCCCUGAUAAACAGCGUGGCCGAGGCCUGUCAGCUGGUGGAUGCUGGCUGCAAGCACACACGGGACCGCAUAAAGAAGAACCUGCAGAACAAUGCCUUGACCCCAGCAGAGCUCCUGAGAUAUUUCAAGCAGCCAGCGGAGGGGACACGAGCAGCUCUCCGGGCAAAGGAUUAUCUGCACACCACCCUGAGCCUGCUCAAAGAGAGGCUGCAGUGGGCUGUGAGGGGGGACUUCAGCGUCACAGACUUGCUGACUCCGGCUCAGAUGGGGGUGAUCUUCAAGGCCACUGGAUGUGACCAGCAGUAAGAAGAUAAGAAAAUAAAUUGUACCUCUUCUGGCUACAGAACCAUCACUGGCGAGUGCAACAACAGGAGGAACCCAUCCCUAGGAGCCUCCAACAGAGCCCUGGCCAGGUGGCUGCCAGCAGAAUAUGAGGAUGGCGUGUCUGUGCCCCGUGGGUGGAGAGAAGGAAGGCGUUUCUCUGGAUUCCCCCUUCCACUGGUCCGACAAGUGUCCAAUGAGAUUGUCCGCUUCCCCCCCGAGCAGCUGUGGAUGGACCAGCAGAGAUCCCUCAUGUUCAUGCAGUGGGGCCAAUUUAUUGACCACGACCUGGAUUUCAGCCCAGAAACCCCAGCCAGAAUCCCCUUUGGUGGUGAGACAGGCUGUGACACCAGCUGUGCCAAGGAGCCUCCCUGCUUUCCCAUCCAGAUCCCACCCAACGACCCCCGAAUCACCAACAGGAGUGGUUGCCUCCCUUUCUUCCGCUCAGCUGCCACCUGUACGCAGGGCAGGGUGGUCCGGGAGCAGAUCGACGCGCUGACCUCAUUCCUGGACGGCAGCGAGGUGGCCGUGGCCGAGCGGCUGCGGGGCCGGAGCAGCCAGAGGGGCCUCCUAGCUGUGAACCACAACUUCACGGACAGGGGCAGGGCGUACGUGCCUCUCGGCCCCAUGAGGAAAGAGCCCUGCCUCAAGGCCAGCGGGGCAGCUCGAAUCCCUUGUUUCUUUGCAGGUGAUGAGAUGCUGGAGCUGGCCUGCGUGCACACGCUCUUCAUGCGGGAGCACAACUGCCUGGCUGGAAAGCUGAGGAGCCUCAAUCCCCACUGGAAUGAUGAGAGGCUGUACCGAAAGAUCCUGGGAGCUAUGAUCCAGAUCAUAACCUACAGGGAUUAUCUGCCUCUCUUAUUGGGACACAAGUUCCGCAGGCUUAUUCCUCGCUACCAGGGCUACAAUGAGUCUGUGGAUUCUCGGAUAUCCAAUGUCUUCACCUUGGCUUUUCGCUCAGUCCCCGCAACUGUUGGCCGCUUAGAUGAAUAUUACAGACCCAUGACUCCCAAAAUUCAACUCAGAACCUCCUUCUUUGCGGUCUGGAGGAUCAUUCAAGAAAGGGGGAUUGACCCCUGUCUCUGGAGCCUCAUGGCCAACCAGGCCAAGCUGCUGACGCAGCAGCAGAUGGUGGUGGGCGAACUCCGGGACUGGCUCUUUGAGCAGGUUGAAAGGAUUGGGUUUGAUUUAGCUGCACUCAACAUGCAGCGCAGCCGAGAUCAUGGCCUUCCAGGUUACAGCUCCUGGAGAAAAUUCUGUGGGCUCUCACAACCCUCUGGAGUGAAGUCACUUGGUCAAGUGUUGAGGAAUCAGAACCUGGAAAGGAAGUUCCUGCAGCUCUAUGAGACACCAAAGAACAUUGACAUCUGGAUUGGGGCCCUUGCAGAGCCCUUUGUGAAAGGAGGCCAAGUUGGGCCUCUCAUGGCUUGUCUCAUUGGCACCUAGUUCAGGAACAUUCGUGAUGGGGACAGGUUUUGGUGGCAGAACCCUGGGGUUUUCACUCCUCGCCAGCGCUGUUCAUUGGCCAAAAUCUCCUUGUCACGAAUAAUAUGUGACAAUACCGACAUCACUAAGGUAUCAAGGAAUAUCUUUCAGGCUAACAGAUACCCCCGUGGCUUUGUGAGCUGCAGUCAGAUCCCAAAGCUGGACCUCAGACCCUGGAAGUCAAAGAGCACUGAGGAGCAAGGUAUGAUCUGCAAACAGCAGCAGGUCCUGCCUGCAGACCCCUGA